AUGGCUGCAACUAUCCAGCACCCCAGCUCUGCAACGACAGUCUUCCUAGACCAGCCACCAAGCUGUUUGGAAUUCUGCCCGGAGGCACCAGACCAUUUCAUAGUGGGCACCUACCUCCUAUCAGAAAACAAGACGGAAGAUGGAGAGAUAGAGCAAACCAAAAUUGGAAGUAUCCAGCUAUGGAAGCUAGAUCCCGUCAGCAACGCACUAUCUCAAAUCCAAAGAAUCGCAGUCCCAUAUGCAGUCUUUGACCUCCACUUCCACCCAAAACACAAGAAUCUAUUCGCAAUCGCUAGCAGUGUAGGCACAGUUUCUCUAUUCGAAGUCUCUGCCAAUUCAUCAGCGGGAGAUGAUGCGUCUCCUAGCGUCACCCAACUAUGGACCCAGCAAGUCCACGAAGAUCCAUCCAUCCCAGCCCUCUUCCUGGCCUGGGCACCGGAACACUGGUUCCCCAACACUUCAGCAGAUGGAUUUGCAGUCACAUUCUCUGAUAGUCGGACAGCUGUCUUCGGAACGGAGGGUGAUAUCCGCGAAGAAGGUGGUCUAGUUGAAUGGGGAACCUUCGAAGCGAAGCAAAUGAUCGAAGUCUGGUUCGUCGCCUUAUCCACACCUUCCACCACAGCCGACAACCAAAACGCAUCCAAAAUUCCCUUCAUGUUCACCGGCAAUGACUUUGGCUCAUUACAUACCCGUCGCUUUGAUAAUAUUGCCGAGUUAGAUGAUCCAAAUGAGCAUAUCUCGCCUAUGCUCGUUGAACAUGAUGAUCGGGCACGUCAUCAUACAGCUGGUGUUACUGCUAUUCUACCGCUUGAGGUUCCAUUGGUUGGUGAUGCUCCUGUUCUCCUGACUGGAAGUUAUGAUGAGGGUUUACGGGUCUACCAUGCUACGCGCAGAGGCGAGGUGCUUGCUGAGCAGGGGCUUGACGGUGGAGUUUGGCGAUUGCAGUUGCUGAGCACGACGCAGGUGCCUGAGUCUGCAGAUCCGUCGCAUGUUACAACAUGGAGCUUCUUGGUGCUGGCAAGCUGUAUGCAUGCUGGUACUAGGCUUGUUCGGGUUACUUGCUCGCAGCAAGAUGGUACUUCGGAAUGGGGCAUUGAAGUGCUGGCGAAGUUCACGGAGCAUGAGAGUAUGAAUUAUGCUAGUGGUGUCUGGCAGGGGACGAAGGUUGGACUCGGGGAGUCUGUCUCCGGAGAACUCCUUUGUGUCUCGAGCAGUUUCUAUGACAAGAGGCUGUGUAUAUGGACUGUAGAUGUGUAG